AUGCAGCCCCUCCAACCCAGCUAUCCAGCCCCCGCCCCCCUCCACAAGAACCACGCAGCCCCCUCCCCCCUCCACAAGAACCACGCAGCCCCCUCCCCCCUCCACAAGAACCACGCAGCCCCCUCCCCCCUCCACAAGAACCACGCAGCCCCCUCCAACCCAGCUAUCCAGCCCCCUCCCCCCUCCACAAGAACCAUGCAGCCCCCUCCAACCCAGCUAUCCAGCCCCCUCCCCCCUCCACAAGAACCAUGCAGCCCCCUCCCCCCUCCACAAGAACCACACAGCCCCCUCCCCCCUCCACAAGAACCACGCAGCCCCCUCCAACCCAGCUAUCCAGCCCCCUCCCCCCUCCACAAGAACCACGCAGCCCCCUCCCCCCUCCACAAGAACCACGCAGCCCCCUCCCCCCUCCACAAGAACCACGCAGCCCCCUCCCCCCUCCACAAGAACCACGCAGCCCCCUCCCCCCUCCACAAGAACCACGCAGCCCCCUCCCCCCUCCACAAGAACCACGCAGCCCCCUCCCCCCUCCACAAGAACCACGCAGUCCCCUCCCCCCUCCACAAGAACCACGCAGCCCCCUCCCCCCUCCACAAGAACCACGCAGCCCCCUCCCCCCUCCACAAGAACCACGCAGCCCCCUCCCCCCUCCACAAGAACCACGCAGUCCCAUUCCCCCCUCCACAAGAACCACGCAGCCCCCUCCCCCCUCCACAAGAACCACGCAGCCCCCUCCCCCCUCCACAAGAACCACACAGCCCCCUCCACAAGAAACACGCAGCCCCCUCCCCCCUCCACAAGAACCACGCAGCCCCCUCCCCCCUCCACAAGAACCACGCAGCCCCCUCCCCCCUCCACAAGAACCACACAGCCCCCUCCCCCCUCCACAAGAACCACGCAGCCCCCUCCCCCCUCCAACCCAGCUAUCCAGUCUCUUCCCGUGGCGUGUUUGAUACCGACCCGUCCCUCUUGGAUAGAAAGGCCUGUGACCGUGCCAUCCGUCCCAUUCAACCCAUUGUGUUCCUGAAAGCAGGAGCAGCAGAGUAG